AUGAAGAGACGUCGUGAAAUCGAGUGGCGGGUGUAUCCGCCCAAAAAGAAGCCGUUCGCUUUUUCCAAUGGCGAUGACGUAUUGGUCAAGUCCAAGGAUGGCAAGACAACCUACAGGGGCAAGAUUCGAUUGGAGGAUCUGUUGCAGGCCAAACAGGAGCUGAAGAAAGCUGCAACCGAUGAAGAACAAUUAAGCAACCCUGGAUCCAAAGACCAAGCAACGAAUUGCGAUUCAAAGGCAACGCCAGCAGUUGAUGGGAGGAGCUCGUUUUCGCCCAAGUCGAGCUCCAACGUAUCUGUGGUUCUAUCCAAAGACCAAACUGUCCUACAAUUAAGUAAAAAAGAACAAAGCCGCCGGCUUCUUCCAAGUUUUGCGCUCCAGACUCCCAACAUUGUGGUGACCCCCGAGACGAAUUUCUUUCGCAUCUUGGCCAAACAAGUAACGGCCGAGGAUCGCGUCUUGGAGAUUGGUUGUUCGACUGGAGAAACCAGUAAAUUAUUGGUGCCACCUAAUUCUGCUUCUUGGGUGGGACUGGAUACCUCGGAGCAAAUGAUGGAGCAAUGCAAAACGACAAUCGGCAAGAAAAGAUGGAACGAGGAUACCUGUCAUGUCACGGUUGUGGAUGCCCUUGUGGAUCCUAUCAAGGCGAAACAAGAAUGUACGAUUCAUGGAGCUGUUACUGUUGUAUUUAUUGACAUUGGAGGCAAUCGUGAAUGCAUUGGCGUGCUCCGGAUGCUUUCGUGGGUACUAGAAACCUUUGAUCAGCAUCUUCGGCUGAUUGUAGUCAAAAGCCGCGAACUCGCGCAAUCCAUCCAGGCCUCGGCCAGUGUAGGAGAGGGUACAGGAUUGGUUGAAAACGGCAAUGAAUGGUUUGCAAAACACCGGAAGAAACGAGCCUUUCCAAAACACCCUCUCAAGGCUCCCAUGGCAACCUCGCCCAAAGGCAUGCCCAUUUGUCGAUAUUACAACUACCACAAGGAGGGAUGCAGCAAGGCGGACUGCCCCUAUGAUCACGAAUACUGUCAUUUCUGUCUAAAACAAGGCCACAUCGCUAGGAACUGUCCAACUUUGAUUGAUGAUGAUGACACGACUGUGGUUCUUGAUUCGCCAGAGGUCGUCGUGGAGAAAGAAACCAAGAAGAGCUGA